ACACUCCGUGGCUUGCUCGCUCGUUUGGUGCUGUGCGAAAGCGCACGGAGAGGGGCCGAAGGCCGCAGGUCUCAACUGCAUGCGCAUCUUAGGCCAACCGCGGGUACUCGGAGGAACUAGAGGAACGGACUGAUUACACUGUAGCCGCUGCUGCCCCUGCUGGUUUCAUUAUAUAAAUGGCUCCACGGAAGACAAGGUCCUCCAGCAAGAAAGCUACAGCCACAGCAUCACCACCAAAAGCAACCUCCAGCAAAAAGUCGACAAAGAGGUCAUCUUCUCAGAACGGUCACAAGAAGUCACCACAUGACAACACUAAGGCAAAGGCUGCAUUAGCUAAACAAAAGGGGUUUAAGAAAGCAGUUGUGACAAGAACACGCAAGCCACAGACUUCCGUUGGCAAGAACUUAAAGCCACUGAAGGAAGGCAUUGCUUUGAAGCGGGAGACAUCUGACAACAUCAACAAGUUGUCGAGCAAUGGAUUUGCCAGUGAUGUUACUCUAAAUCAGGAGGCAAAGAAUGUGGACAAAGCUUCUGGCACAACAGCUACUGCCUCGAGGAAGUUGCCAACCCUUUCAAGUACACUGCCUUGUCCACCAGUCACAGUGAAGCGUUCAUCUUCACCUGUUGAGGCUGAUGGUGCUGCAGACUUACCUAAGAAGAAAACGAACGGCACCAUAUCGCCGGCUAAGCUGUUGAAAAAAGGAACUGCAAAGAACUCUAAGUUUGUUGGGGCCCACAUGUCCGUGAGUGGUGGACUAGAGCUUGCAGUAAGCAGAGCUGUGGCAAUGGGAGCCAAGUCGUUUGGCCUUUUCCUGCGUUCACAGCGCCAGUGGGCUGCCAAACCCCUAACCCAGGAAGCGGCUAACCGGUUUCGUGACGCAUGCCGUGAGCACAACUUUGCGCCGCACCAGAUUCUGCCGCACGGGUCAUACCUGUUGAACUGUGGCUCCCCCGAUCCCGUUGUUCUGGAAAAAAGCCGGGCAGCUUUGGUCGACGAACUGAAGCGCUGCGAGAUGCUGGGUCUUGUUUACUACAACUUCCAUCCAGGUUCGACAUGCGGUGUGAUCAGUCGUGACGCGUGCAUGGAUCUAAUUGCGGAGAGUAUCAACCAAGCGCAUAAGGAGACAACAUAUGUCAUAUCAGUCAUUGAAAACAUGUGCAAACAGGGCAACACAAUUGGCGGCGACUUCCACGAGCUGCGUGGAAUCAUAGACAGGGUUAAAGACAAAUCGAGGAUCGGCGUCUGCCUGGACACAUGCCAUGCCUUUGCAGCAGGUUAUGACUUGGCAACCCAAGAAGGCUUCGAGAAGAUGAUGAAUGACUUUGAAUCCAUUAUUGGAUUGUCGUACCUGAAAGCACUUCACUUGAAUGACUCAAAAGGAGUAGUCGGCAGCCACUUGGACCGGCAUGAAAACAUUGGCCGUGGCAAGAUUGGCCUGGAUGGUUUUCGGCGAAUUAUGAAUGACCCUCGACUCGAUCACCUCCCCAUGAUUCUUGAAACUCCAGAGACUGACUAUGGUGUUGAAAUUGCACUCCUAAAUGGACUUUGUUCCUCAUAAGCGCAGCAGCCUUCAUGUCUACCUGAAGCGAGCAUGCCAUUGCACUGUGCUGGUGUUGUUAAAAUAUCAUCUUAGAAAUGACUUUGAGGUUGUGAUGAUGUGGCAUAGUUGAACGGAGAAUGCCACUCAAGCUUGCAAGGCGUUUAUGUCAUCUGCUAUGACACAAGUUAACUGCGCAAUUUUUAACAGUUUAUCUACUAGCAUAGGUUUCUGAAAUUUGUUUUUCCUACUUAGCAUCAGCAAUGCUCGUUGUUUUUCCAAAGUCUCGAUGCAGCUACUGACACAGCCAUCACAAUAUGUGUGUUCCAAUGCUCAUUGUAGAUAGCUAAAUAGACAGCGGCAACCUUAAGCCUCAUUCUAAUUUUGAUGAAGCUGGUGUCAAAAUCAGAAAUGAUGCAGGCUACUUUGCUGUCCAAACAAGAUCACUAGUGACUGAGCAGAAGGUUCAAAGACUCUCCGAAAGGUCAUCUGCUCACAGGAAGACGUACCCAUUGUUUCUUAUGUGCCUAAAGUAAGCUGCAUUGAUGCGUUUGCAUGUUUGAACAUGGGAAAAGGUAAAUACAGUGCGGUCUUAUUGGCUUUAAUCAGCUUUCUCUAAUCGACUGGAGGUGGCGUUACAACAUCGUGCAGAUGCUUUCCAUUACUCGGAUGACUGGGACUCGAUGCUGUCUUCUGUCAAAGUACACUGUCUACAAUGUCUAACACUGUCUACGAUGCUGUCCAGAAUUGAAACACAACCAAUAGCAUCAUACGACUUGUUUAGCUGUCAUUUGAAAAAGAGCCUGUAAUUUACACAAUUUGUAAGUUUUUAUCACCAGUGAAGUAUUUCACAAGUGAUGCAAAGCUACAUUUUGUUUGCUAAGCGAGUGUCUGUCUUAUGUUUUGGAAGAGGCCGCUGCAUAGUCACAACCUCAGAAUCAUUUUAGCAUUAUUUUGAAAGUACUGCAUAUGUACGACCAGAUUUUUUAUCAGAUGCUAGAACAGGCAUGCUGCUUUUAAAACACAGCACACUACCUGAGCAUACCACCACCACACUGCUUCCAAGAGCUUAUAACUUUUCAACGUUGUAGAGCAAUUGAUUGGCUCUGUUUCACUCCAGAUUGCCUGGAGCCAAACACCACAACUUCGCAUUUCGAUUAUCUUUGCAAGGUGUACAAUAAGGGAACACAGCUCUCUCACCCAUCCCGAUUAUGCUACUUGCAUGCUUCAGUCUUUUUUAGUCCCACAUUGCGACAUGCCACCAGUAAAAUUUUAUAUUGCUAGAUUUCAUUGAGGUGAAACCUCAUUGUUUGGUCUACCUUGAAAAAAAAAAAAUGAAAGAAACUUCAUUGGUGUCAAAGCAAAUGGCACAAAAGGUCAUGCGUCAUCAAGGCACGAAAGCUGUGCACUCCAUCUGUGAAAGCAUGAAGCCGAGGCGUUGGUCUUCGAGAAGAACAGCUGAAUUUGGAAAUGAAUCCGUUUGCGAACUUUUGCGGCGAAGUGUCUAGACAGAUUUUAAUGAUAAGGCAUGCAAAGGCACUUUAAGGUGGUAGCCCCUAAUCUGAAACUCUUCACUGUCAUCCUCCAAUGAACACAACUUGAUCUAUAGGUAUAUUUCUUUGUCCUCCAAGCAAUCACACAUAAAAAUAGUUUGUUUACAUAUAACAUUAAGUUCACUUAGUAGGUUAAAUCAA